UUCCCGCCUCUCAUUGGUCGUAAAAUUCAAAGGUGUCCGUUAACUUCAGUUCCAAUUGUUCCAUACGGGGAUGUGAAGGUCUAAAGGUCGAUAAUAGCCACACACCCACUGUAGUUUACGACCCACAGUCACUCAGGGGAAGACGGCGCCGAAGAGAGCAGCAAGAUGAAGUACCUGCUACUUCUGGGUUUGGCUUUGGCCGCUUUUCACAUCAGUCACGCCAUACCAGACUUUUGCAAACUGCCCAAGGUAGAUGGCACAGGUAUGGAGUUCGAGUUCUCCUUGUACUACGACCCGGCAAUAGAUCGCUGCAAACCUUUCUACUACUACGGAGGGGGAGGAAAUGCCAAUCGUUUUGUGAACGAAAGAGAAUGCAUGAGGAACUGUUCGGACAACGUAGACAAAUACUAUCCCAUGGAAGAAACUGCAGUUUGCCAUCUCCCGAAGGCCGAAGGCGAGUGUCAAAAUAAACUUGUGAGAUUCUACUACGAUUCUGUCUAUAUGAAGUGCAAAAAGUUCCACUGGACUGGAUGCUACGGAAACGGGAACCGUUUUGUCGACUCACUGCUCUGCAACCAGACCUGCGCUGGCAUCCAUGAUGAUGGCGAUCAUCCAGAGGAGGACGAGCCAGACACGCCCAUUUGGACCAUCUGUGCAGUCUUGAUCGCAGUCAUCAUCGUGGCACUCAUCAUAACUGUGACCGUCUUGACCAUUCAGUCAAAGAAAAAAAGCAAAGGAAAGAAGGGGAAACGGAAGGAUCAAAACGUUGAGACGGCGCUACGUGAACCGAGCAUUGAGAUGGCAUAGCCAAGUCCACUGACAUCUAGUGUCCAUACAUUCUGUCAAUGAUAAACAGUGGACUUUUUCUUUUUUUUACAGGCAUGAGUGAAAGAUUUGUACAUUUCAGGAAACAGUUUGAUCACUUUUGAGGGUUGCUAUUGACAAUUGACUUCAGGGUGUUAAAAAAAAAAACAAAACAAAACAAAACGUAUGAGUUGCCAAUUUUUCUUAUUGUUUCAACAAAGAUUUUUGUAAACAAAAGAU